AUGCACAUCUUUCAACCGCACGACAAUGGCUACAACCGCACGACGAAUGGCGGCCUGCUGCACAUAAUGGAGACUAACGGCCUUACCGAUCAUGAGACCAUGAGCCGACCUCUAAAAAGCCUCAUAGGUCAGCGCCAUGCAGAACAGAGACUGCGAUCAACAACAUACAUGAUCCGAGAGACUGCGAACAUCGACAACAACAACUUGAUCGCCCAAAAAUUCUACCCCUACGUAGAGGAGACUGAGAACAAGGAAAUCCCGUUUGCAGAAAGUCCAAUGGCCGAUCCUAGCAAGAAGCGUGUUGUGUGUCCGGUAGUCGACUGUGAGGACAGGUUCGUCGCGGAGACAAACAAGAAGUCGCAUUACAAUAGUGUGCACUUCUCGAAGAACCCCAUUCUGGAACCCUACCGCCCUAGCCUCUUCGCGGAGAUGGGAGCGGACGACCAUGACGAGUACACCCGUCGCACGGGGAUUAUCCUCCACGCGUCGCCCAACUUUGAACACAAUGUAUUGAACGAUGUUGCGAUUAUCCACAUGCUUAAUGUCCUUCUUAAGAAGCGUGGCGUCGAUGUCGACCUAGUGUUUUUGGGCCAUGCCAUGCGUAACCCGACCAAUGAGCAACAAGCAGCCGGAGCGAACGAACACGAAUCCAGCGAGGAAGAGGUAGUGCAACCCCCACCGCCAAAGAAGCGUUUGACGGCGAAGCAAGCAAACGUAUAG